AUGACAACAAAACCCUCGAGCGCCCCAUGGGCCGACGAGCCCUUCCGCUUGAUCGCAACGCCAUCAAAGAGCUUUGAUGAAUCGCUCGGCCACAUCAACGGCGCCUCUGUGAUGGCACAUGCGCACAAUGUUAUUAUCCGAGGGCUAAAUGCCAUUCUCCAGCAGGCGCCCUACGUGCCGAUCGUUACUGACGAACAGUUCAAUGCGCAGGAUGUCAAGGACCUUCUCUUCUACGUUCAGGCGUGGGUCAAGAUGGUGCAACACCACCACUGGGUUGAGGAAUCUUACAUGUUCCCAGAGAUUGAGAAGUUUACUGAUCGACCGGGAUUUAUGGAUGACCCAAAGCAUCAACACGAGCUGUUCCAUGACGGACUGGAGAAAUUGCUUGCAUAUUCCUCCGCCACGAAACCCGAGGAGUACCGGUGGAAAGGGGCUGAUGGCAUGGAGAAAAUAAUUGACUCUUUCAGCAAGGCCCUGACCGAUCACCUCUACGCUGAGAUCGAUAUCUUCUUAUCUAUGGGAGACUUUGAUAGUGACGGGUUGAAGAAUAUAUGGGAAGAAUCCGAGAAAGUCGCACAGAAAUCAGGGAAUAUCGCAAUGCUUUAUGAUACCUUCCCCAUAGUGCUUGGCUGUGCCGACAAGACCUACGAAGGCGGCCAUGACUUUCCUCCCUUGCCUUGGGUGUUACCCUACCUGAUCAAGUAUUGGUUUGCCGCGGGCAAUGGAGCCUGGCGAUUUAACCCAUGCGACUGGUGGGGUCAGCCAAAACCCCUGGAGUUUGGUCCAAGUUGA